AGUUAAGAAGUGAGAGAGGGAGGGAGGAAGAGUAAGUUAGUUAGAAAUUAUUUCUUUUACAAUCAGGUACAAAAUUAAUGGCCAUGAGUUCGUUUAAUUGUUUCUCAGCAGCAACUGAGAGUUAUCAUUCCCUGUCGAGUUACUAUGAUGCUGCUGCCUGUGACUCCUCAUUGAAUAGUGCAUUAAGUAGUGUCCUCUGUGAAAGUUCAAAUGGUUCCAAUUGUGGACUUAACGGUAAUGGUGGUCAUGAAGGUUUAAGUGUAAACUCUUCUGAACAAUCACCAGUGUCUUCUUCAUGUGUUGAUCCUCAUCUUGAUCCUCAUCUUCACCCUCAACUUACCUUUCAACAUCCUCAUCACCCUCAAACUCAUCACCUUCAAACCCAUCAUCCUCAACAUUCCAUACAACCUCUUCAUGGAUUGAACCAUCAGCAACAUCAACAACAACACCAACAACAACAACAGCAACCGCAGCAACAGCAGCAGCAGCAACAACAACAACAUCCACCAGUACCUUCAGUACCACCAGUAACAACAGUACCAUCGGUACCAUCAGUCGGACCCCAACAACAUCAACACACUUCACCUCAUUCUCAUCCUCAUGCUCAUCACCCUCAUCAUCCCCACCAUCCUCACCAACAAUAUUAUGCGACUCAACUACAAGAUGUUAAACCAGUGAUUAAUGACCCUCCUUCACCUCCGGGCUGUGCAAUCUCAGACGUGGCUGAUGCGACAUUAGCCGCAACAGCAGCAACAAUAGGCUUUGACUAUGGCAGUGGAUUUAAUGGAUCGCCUUAUCUAAAUCAUUUUACACCUCCUCUUCAUCACCAUCCACACCAUCCUCAUCACCCUCAUCAUCCAGUUCACCGUCCACCUCAUCAUUACACUCAUCAUCAUCGCCAUCAUCCAUAUCACCCAACAAGUCGGACCAAUGUCACCGGUGGCAAUUCACAAGCGCCUGUAAUACAUAAAUGGAUGCAAGUGAAACGAAAUGUUCCCAAGUCAAAUAACUCUUCAUACUUAGAUGCUCCUAAUAACAGUUAUUCAUCAAAGUGUCAAUAUAAUAAAUCAAGUGAUUAUGGGUACAAUGGUUCGUCGACGGGUAACGCAGUCAAUGGCUCAGUUCCCGAUUUACUUGGCUCAUCGCCUGGCAUUACAAGUCUUGGUAAUGGUCUUGAUGUUAAACCAGUUAUUGGAGGAUCCAAUGCCAGUGGCCUGGGUUCAAUGGGUGCUGUCAAUGGUCCAGGCUCGGUUGGAUCAGCAAGUAACACGGGGCGAACCAAUUUUACAACCAAACAGUUGACCGAACUGGAAAAAGAGUUUCAUUAUAAUAGAUAUUUAACCCGAGCCCGUCGUAUUGAAAUAGCUCAAUCACUUGGUCUAAACGAGACUCAGGUUAAAAUAUGGUUUCAAAAUCGUCGGAUGAAACAAAAGAAGCGACAAAAAGAUAGCGGUUUAAGUUUAGCCGAUACAUCAACACCUCCUCCAAACUCGGGAUCAGCAAAUGGUAAUGAAGAUACUAAUAAAGGGUGUUCAAUGUAAUUACUUAUAUUUAGACAAAAAAAAGUCAAAAGUGUCUACAUUUACAUUACAUUAUCUUUUAAUGUUAAAUAUUUUUCAAUUUAUCAACUCAAUAAAAGCCUCAAUUCAUUCUCGUUCAACAAUAACAA